AUGGCUUUUGUUUUUUAUUGUUUCUUGCAAGUUCUGGUCUCUUGGGUUAUACAUGCAGCACGACCAUUGUGUCUGCCAGAGUGUACCUGUUCAGAGGAGAGUUUUGGCAGGAGCCUUCAGUGCAUGUCUAUGUCUUUGGGAAAGAUUCCAGACAACUUUCCCGAAGGACUCAAGCAAGUGAGAAUUGAAAACUCGCCCUUGUUUGAACUUCCCCAGGGGGUUUUCACCAACUUGAGCACUUUGGAAUACCUUUGGCUCAACUUCAACAACGUCACUGUGAUCCACCUAGGCGCCCUGGAGGACCUGCCACAGCUGAGAGAGCUGAGACUAGAGGGGAACAGACUCCGUUCAGUACCGUGGACAGCGUUCCGCGCGACGCCUUUCCUGAGGGUUUUGGAUCUCAAACACAACAGGAUUGAUGCGCUCCCUGAACUGGCUCUUCAGUUCCUAGCCAACCUGACAUACCUUGACAUAUCCUCCAAUAGGCUGACAGUUGUAUCCAAGGGUGUCUUCUUGAACUGGCCAGCCUAUCAGAAACGGCAGCAGCUUGGCUGUGGAGCGGAGAUUCUCCCGCACAUGGUAUUGUCGCUGCACAAUAAUCCCUGGCUGUGUGACUGCCGUUUAACGGGGCUUGCUCAGUUUGUCAAGUCCGUUGGUCCCCCUUUCAUCUUGGUGAGUUCUUACUUGAUAUGCCAGGGUCCUGUCUCUAAGGCAGGGCAGCUUUUACAUGAGACUGAGCUCGGAGAUUGUAUGAAACCAAUUAUCUCAACUCCUAGGGCCAAUGUCACUAUCCAGGUAGGAAAGAACGUGACCCUGCAAUGUUUGGCACAAGCCAGUCCCUCACCAACUAUUGCAUGGAAGUAUCCCCUGAGUACAUGGAGAAAAUUUGAUGUGUUGGCCUUGCCAAUUGCAGAAGGUUUCAUCCUGUCCCAGCUGGUCAUCCCAGCAGCUCAACUGGUAGACGGCACUAAUUAUACCUGCAUGGCCUUCAACUCCAUCGGCCGAAGCUCUCUUGUCAUCACACUCUAUGUCCAGCCUGCACAGGCCACGCCUGGAUCGCAUUCCCUCUCCACCUCUUCAGAGGGCAGUGCCUAUGUUGACCUAUGGGUGGUCAAGCAGACAGUGCAUGGUAUCUUGCUGGAGUGGCUCACAGUGACCAACCUUGCUGGAGAACAAUGGUUCACCCUCUACAUUGCAUCUGAUGAAGCUCUGGGGAAGAAGGUGGUCCACAUAGGCCCUGGAAUCAACACCUAUGCUGUGGAUGACCUCCUCCCUGCUACAAAAUAUAAAGCAUGUCUCGGCCUGAGGAAUCAGCCUCCAGGCCAGGGCCAGUGUGUGGUCUUUGUGACCGGCAAAGGCAGUGGUGAGCUGGAGGGCCGCGAGCACCUCUUACAUGUCACUGUGGUCUUGUGCGCUGUGCUCCUGGCACUGCCUGUGGGUGCUUAUGUCUGGGCAUCCCAGGGUCCGUGCAAUUGCAGUGAGUGGUGUUUUCGCUGUUUUCCUCUUCACAGGAAAACCCUAAGAUGCCCACAAGCAGUGCCACAGUGUAAGGAUAACUCUUUCACAGAUCCUUCAGCUGUCUGUGAGGAUUGUGAGAGUCACAGAGUUGUGGAGAAGGAUGAGGAGAUAGAAAAGGAGGGCACCAGCUAA